AUGCGCGUAACGUGUGUUUAUGUAUAUGUAUAUUUUUUUGUUUUUUUUACGACAGCAAAUCAGAUAAAUACACAUUGUGAAAUACCCCUCGGAGCAUCGUAAUUAAUCUUUUUGUAUGAAUGCUUUUUAUGAAAUGCGGACAGUUUUUGCAUUUUUUAAGGUAUUUUUAAUGUAACAGAUGCGCUAUUGAGGCAUUAUUAUUCCCCUGACGUCACCCGGAUGACGUCAACCGCGCGUUCUGAGAGACAGCGGGAGCGCGCACAGAGGAAUGGGCCUGCUGUCGGUCUUAAGAAGGCUGAAGAGCUCUCCUGAGCAGGAGGUUCGAAUCCUGCUGUUGGGUUUGGACAAUGCAGGUAAAACCAGCAUCCUGAAGCAGCUGGCAUCAGAGGACAUCAGCCACAUCACUCCCACACAGGGCUUCAACAUCAAGAGCGUCCAGUCUCAGGGCUUCAAACUCAACGUCUGGGACAUCGGCGGUCAGCGCAAGAUCAGACCGUACUGGAGGAACUACUUCGAGAACACAGAUCUCCUGAUUUAUGUGAUUGACAGCUCAGACCGAAAACGCUUCGAUGAAACCGCACAGGAGCUGGUGGAGCUGCUCGACGAGGAGAAGCUGAACAUGGUGCCCCUGUUAAUCUUUGCCAACAAGCAGGACAUGAUGACGGCGGCGACGGCGGCGGAGCUCGCAGAGAGUCUGAACCUGCACACAAUACGAGACCGGAUCUGGCAGAUCCAGCCCUGCUCCGCUCUCACUGCAGAGGGAGUACAGGACGGGAUGGUGUGGCUCUGCAGGAAUAUUCCCACCAGGAAGAAAUGACAGAGUCUGAGUUUAAUCCUGACGCAGUGCUGCUUCUGUAAGGACUCUGUAUGGUGUGUUUUAACUCAUUUAUCAGCAGGAACACGUUCUUCUGUUCCUAAAAUGGCCAAUGACGAGCACCAGAUGGGUUUUUAUUGAUGGGAUGCUCAAGUACAGUAUUUAUUUGUAGAGAAGCUUUAUCGCCCAGGUUUCACACUAGUGAUCUCGUCUGGUCACUGAUGACGACAGUCUCUGUCCGACAAUUUACUGGAGGUUUAUAGUAAUAAACAAGUUUGGUUCAGAACUAUCGGUGCCUGUUUGUGUUCGUCUCCUGAAUGAUGGACUCUGAGUGAAUGCGUUGCACCUGCAGCUCCUCGUGAUGAACACUAGAUGGAGUCCUUUCUCAGCGUUCACUGUUAUUGUGCUUCUCUCAAACACAUACCAGUUACAGUAAUAGAUCUAUUACAGCUGUGAAGUUCAGUGUGUGUGUGUGUUUUCCUCGUGUAACGGUAAUAGUGAUCGGUGAGAAGAGUUUUCCGAAUCCCAGACCUCUGUGCCACAGACUCGAUUUUGCCUGCAGUUCUGCU